GAGCGGAUAUUGUUUAUGAUCACUCGACAUUUUCCUUUGCAAAAUAAUUUUGUGGUCAAAAUUACUUUGAUUAUAAUGUUUUCAUUUAUAUCUUGAUACGUGAUAGUGAAUAAUCACCGAACUAUGACUGUACGUUAAAAAAAACUUAGUGAAAGUUUUUACAAAUGUUUAGUGCAAGGGACGCUUGCGAAUUCUCCCUCGACCAAUAUAGCGGGAAAUCUCUGUGUCGUGACGCGCACUAACAUUUAGAAUCCCUGUGGAGACUUUGAAUAUAUUCAACAUCUUGUUAUGUGGUCAUUUACACUUUGACAGUGGUUCCGUGUCUUGUAAAGUAGCGAUUGACAAUGUCUGACGAAAUGGCGGUUAGUGAUAACCCGAGUGGGGAAGAAUCCGGCGUAAAUGGAGCUGAAGCGUUGGCUGCUAGUGCCGAGGACGCGGCACCGGAGGCCUCCGAGGCUCCCAGCGCGCCUACGGACCCGGAGCCCGAAGAAAUCAAGCCAAUCAAAACAGAACCGGAAGAGAAAGAAUGUAACUCUGAAGAAGGUCCGGAGUCUUCGGAAGACAUCGAUGACAAGCGUGGUGUGAAGCGCAGAGCAUCUGCGGCUUUCACCAAUGCUACCGAUGAAGACUUCAAGGGCUUUGCGAAGAUGGAGCUGGAUGAUUCUAUCGUGGAAUACAAGAAAGUGCUAGACAACUUGGAGGCCGAGGUGGCAUUGGCCAGCAAGACUGUGGUGCCUCUCAGAACUGUCAUGGGCACUCCGACAGCCCCGGCCAGAGCCAGCAAGCGAGCGAGGCAAGACACAGAUGGAUCUAGACCCUCAUCAGCCCUCUCAUCAAGAUCUGAAGAUGGAGUUUCUUCUACUGAGUCGCUAUUGGUUCUCCAGGUUUCCUCGCCCGCAGUCCGCGGCCGCCGCGCCACCACCGAGAUGUCCUCACCGCUCCUCCGGGUGCCUCUCGAGAAGGGCUGGAAGCGAGAACUGGUGUACCGGGCCGCGUUGGAUCAGCACUCCAGACGCAACGCUGAUAUAUACUACUACACUCCGCAGGGCAAGAAGCUACGGUCCACUAGAGAGGUGGGUGAACACCUCUCUGGAACCGGACUAACGCUGGACAACUUCUCAUUCUUCAAAGAACCACUGGGUGUAGAUGACCCCGAUAAAGAGAUCAUUCGUGACGCGAAACUGAUGCGCAAGGUGGAGUCCCCCGUGGCUCAGACGGCGCCCCCGGCGGAGGGCAAGCGCACGCCGAAGCCCAAGCCGCCCAAGGGCGCCAGCCCCGAGCCCGUCACUCCUAAAUCGCCGCCCGCCAAGAUCAAGGUGAAGUCCAUGCAGCCCCGUCUCAGCCGCACGCCGGCCGCGCCGCCGGCCAAGAAGCCUGCUGCCACUCCCGCCGCCGACAACAACAACACGCAAGCCGGCAAGAAGAACAGCGACACGAAGCCAGUGCGGGGCCGCCUGGCCAACGGAGCCGCGCCGCCGCCCGCCGCCGACUCGCCGCGCCGCCGCGGCCGCCCGCGCCAAGACGACGUCGACCACUUCACCACGUUCCACCAGAGGGCCAAGGAGCACAACUACAACGUGGCUGUACAGAUAUUCCAAUACCUAGGCAUGCGUGAUUUGGCACACUGCGCGCGCGUGUGUCGUCUGUGGCGGGAGCUAGCGGCCACGCCGCAGCUCUGGAGGCACGUGAGGAUGAAAAACUCACAUGUAAGCGACUGGGGAGGACUAUUCGCGGCGCUGCGGCGGCACGGAACAAAGCGGCUCGACCUCCGCAAGAUGCUUCUCCCACAAAACGACGCCGUCUUCUGGGAGCAGUUCGGGGAAAACGUCAAACAGCUGGAUCAACUAGAAAGGAUAGAGAUGUGCCGCUGCCCCGCCAGCGCGGUAGAAGCGGUGUGCCGCGGCGUCUCCAACCUGCGCUCGCUCUCCGCGAUCGCCAUCCGCUCCGCGCUGCUCGACCCCGCGCCUCUAGGGGCCCUACCACACUUACACGAACUCAGACUCAAGAGCAUGGCGGGCUUGUCACUAACGAGGGAUCUACAGCCGCUAGCUGCCUUGACGAGGCUCACGCAUCUAUCGCUCACAUCCAUCAAGGAACUAGGUUGGUGCGCCUGCGACGUCGUAGGCCAACUCCCGCAACUCGAAUCGCUCGAGCUCGGCGAAUGCAGUUUCCGCGCCGAAUUCGCGCUCGUGCUCGGCAAGCUGUCGCGCCUAAAACGGCUGCGUUUGGAGCGGGGCACCGCUCAGUGCGCGGCCCCAGCCUUGCUGAGGGCUUUGGCGCUGCUACCUAAUCUCACUAGCUUAGAGCUGGUCAAUUUUGAUGUUAAGGUCGGUUUUGACGACGCGCUGGCCGAGUGUAAAAACAUACAGAGGCUGCUCAUCAUACCGACGUACGUUUCGCAAUCCGCCACCACCAACAAACAGGUGUUAAGCGGCGUGCUGCGACUGAAAGACACCCUCACCCACCUAAUGUGGGGCGUCACCAUCGAGCUGCUCCGCGUGACGGAGCUCUUCAUCGACCAAUGCGAGCAGGGCGCCGAGCGCCGCCGCGACGUGGGAGAGUGCAUCCCGGUGCUCAAGCCUGUGCCCGGCUGCAGGCUGCCGCCGGAUAACACCAAGCAGGAGGCGCGCACACCGCCGCAGGUACACACACACACACACACACACACACACCAGUGCGAGCAGGGCGCCGCCGCGACGUGGGAGAGUGCAUCCCGGUGCUCAAGCCUGUGCCCGGCUGCAGGCUGCCGCCGGAUAACACCAAGCAGGAGGCGCGCACACCGCCGCAGGUACACACACACACACACACACACACACACCAGUGCGAGCAGGGCGCCGCCGCGACGUGGGAGAGUGCAUCCCGGUGCUCAAGCCUGUGCCCGGCUGCAGGCUGCCGCCGGAUAACACCAAGCAGGAGGCGCGCACACCGCCGCAGGUACACACACACACACACACAUACACCAGUGCGAGCAGGGCGCCGCCGCGACGUGGGAGAGUGCAUCCCGGUGCUCAAGCCUGUGCCCGGCUGCAGGCUGCCGCCGGAUAACACCAAGCAGGAGGCGCGCACACCGCCGCAGGUACACACACACACACACACACACACACACCAGUGCGAGCAGGGCGCCGCCGCGACGUGGGAGAGUGCAUCCCGGUGCUCAAGCCUAU